CCGAGAAAUCCCAUCCUCCUUAGUCCUGCGCGCUUCGAUAAACAACUUCUCUUGAGUGUUCACAUUAAGGCCAAUGGCGCGUGGCGCGAAGACAACGAAUGAGCUGAGCGAAUAUGAGCUCAAGCGGCAGGAACAAAUUGCCAAAAACCAAGCUCUCCUGAGGAGCUUACAGCUAGAUGCACAACAUGCUGGCCUCGCCCCGGCAGCGCAGAAAUCCCGCUCUUCUGCGCCAGCGAAGGACCGGAAAAAGAAACCGGCAGUCAAGAAGGAGAAAGAAGAAGUCGUUCCGCGGCGCACUUCUUCUCGACUGCGCGGGAUAGUUGCCGACAGCGAGGUGGCGAAGAGAAAAGCCGAAGAAGAAUACGAGGCUGUCCAACAAGCAGAAAAAGCUAAGCGUCAGCGUAUAAGCGAUGACCUUAACCUCGGCGAUGUGGUGGUGGCCGGACAGCACUGGAAUCAAAGCGGUAACUUCUUGACCGGAGUGGGACCAGCGAAGCCAUAUGAACGAACAUUUACUGCACAAAAUGUGAAGGGGACCACGGACAAAGAACUCAGGGCGUUACGAGAGGCGAUGAGCGGCCUGCAGUUAUGGGAAGGGUUUGAGCCAAACAGGAUCAAACUUACGCCAGAGCGCGUAUACUCAAUGGGCUUUCAUCCGACCGAGGACAAGGCUCUCAUAUUUGCUGGAGACAAACUCGGAAAUCUUGGACUGUUCGAUGGCUCGCAAAGUGUCCCUGAAGUCAAAGCGGAGGAUGACGAAGAAGUCGACGAAGCAGACCCUGCUGUAACCACGUUCAAGAUCCAUACGCGAACGAUAUCCGCAUUUCAAUUCAGCCCCUCGGAGCCAAAUGCUCUCUUCUCCGCCUCGUACGACUCCUCCAUCCGAAAACUGGACUUGAAUAAAGGAGUAGCUGUGGAAGUAUAUGCUCCUGCAGACAAGUCAGAGGAUGCACCUUUAUCUGGAGUUGACGUUGCCACCCCAAACGUGAUUUACUUCACAACGCUUGACGGUGCAUUCGGCAUUCACGAUGUAAGAGCACCGUCAGGUAAGAGCAACGGGACGCAGAUCUUCCAGCUCUCGGAGAAAAAGAUAGGAGGUUUCAGCAUGAACCCGGUGAACCAGCAUCUCCUCGCGACGGCAUCGCUGGAUCGGACUGUGAAAAUUUGGGAUCUGCGGAAAACAACCGGAAAGAAAGAUGAACGUAAUCCUCAUCUCGUCGGGGAGCAUACCAGCAGAUUGUCCGUGUCUCACGCGGCUUGGAACUCCGCCGGACAAGUUGCAACGGCAUCUUAUGAUGAUACCAUCAAGAUUUACGACUUUAAUGAUUGCGGUGACUGGAAGGUUGGCACCGAGCUGACGGAGGAGCAAAUGGAACCUACUGCCAUCAUUCCUCACAACAACCAAACGGGGAGAUGGGUGACUAUUCUACGCGCUCAGUGGCAAGCCAUGCCCCAGGACGGUGUACAACGUUUCUGCAUUGGAAACAUGAACCGCUUCGUCGAUAUCUAUACAAGUAAAGGUGAGCAAUUGGCUCAGCUUGGUGGAGAGGGCAUCACUGCAGUUCCGGCCGUUGCGCAGUUCCAUCCUACAAAAAAUUGGAUAGCAGCUGGCACUGCUAGCGGUAAGCUCUGUUUUUGGCAAUAGGCCCAACCUAACUUAUUUGAUAUACAACAUUGUUUUGCGUACAUAAAGAUUUCGACCAUCUACGUUCCAAAGAGAAACAACCUGCGGAGGCAGCAAACUUACCUUUUUCACAUUCGAAUCCAAAUUCUCGCCAUAGCUUAUCAC